GAAAUUUCUCCAGUCUUCUCUCCUCCUCUCUUUCAAUCUUUCUUCUGAUUCUGCCAAAAUUCACGAGUAACGUUGCGUGGUUUACGCUAGAUCGAUGGGUAUUACGGAUAAGUUAACGAACUUGAAGAUUGCGCCAAGUUUGGAUAGAAUGAUUGAUAGAAUUACGUCCUACGACGAUAUCUUCUAUCGGUUAGAGCAACGUGACACACCGGAUUUAACGACACAAGAAAAAAGGGAAUUGCUGGAAAAUUUAUAUGUGAAAAAUCCACACUUGUUUAUGAGACGUUAUCACAGAUAUUUGACAGUAGAAGAUUGCGACUGUUUUGAUCAAGAUGAUUAUGAAAUUCAGUUUUAUGCAAAAGCAGUGAUAGAAAGAUGUAGAGAUACGGACACGAAAAAGCGGAAGGAUGUAAGACUUCGAAAUCAACGCUAUGCAGAAUUACUGCGGUUAAAAAGAGAAACGGAUUAUUUUUCGGAUAAGAAAAUGCGAGAGCGAGAACCGUUGUUGUUUGACAAAAUGAUUGGCAGAUUUUUACCAGAAGAAGAGCAAAUCCAUCUCAGACCAACUAUUGAAAAUGAGUCUCUUUCUGGUGUUUUAAUGCAAUUCGAAGAUUCUCAAAUCAUUUCAAAUCGACGAACGGCUCAUCUAAAUGAAUGGAAUGACUUUUUAAAGUAUGAUAGGGAGAAUAUGUCGAAGUUUGGUGACUUAGUACAACAUGCAAGGAGCCGGUUUUGUGAAGAGAUGGAAAGUGGUAACGACGAAAUGAAGUCUGAAGACGGCUAUGAAGUUAUUAAUGAUGAUUCUAAACCAACUUCCAGUCAUAAAAUGGAAGAGGAAAUGGCUUCAGAAUCUUCAGAUGAAAACCAUGAUAAGGAAGAGCUGAGAGCAGACUUCAUCGAUCAUAUGGAGCAACGGUUCUUAAGAGGUGAUGAUACGGAAUUUUACGACUACUCUAUUAUCGAUAACGUGAUGACAAAGGAGUACGAACAGAUGCACGAUCGAGAUUUAGAGGAUGCAUACUUCGAAAAUGAUUAAUCGCUUAUGGAAUUCUUCAAAAUCUUCAUUCAACGAUUAUACUGUUAUACUAAUACGUAUGUUGCUCUGAAUAACUAAUUGAGAAAUAGUGAGUUAUAGAAAUUGUUUUUUCAAUGUGAUUACAACAAGAUUAUUCUAAACUUUAAUUUCUCCCUUGUUACGAUUGUAAAUAAUAAAGAUCCUGCUUGGGGGAAUUGUCAUAUGUUUCAAUGAAUUGAAUAUAAAUUAUUUGACAGAGCCAACAGUGCUAGUACCGAAUACAAUUGCUAACGGGAUUUGGCUGAUUAUCGAUCCAAGCACAUAGCACAAUUGAGCUUCUCCGACCCCAUAUAAUUUGUUUUUCAUUGUGUACAAUACGACCUAUAGAUUCAUUAUUACAUGUAUGAGCGUAAUUGAUAAAGAACACUGUCUUUUCCAUGACCGCAGAACUGUUCGCAUAACUGAAGAUU